AUGACUACAGCUCACCGACCCACAUUCGACCCGGCGCAAGGCAAAGAAGCCCUCCGUGGCCCAGCAUAUCACCAGCGACUCCUCCCCGCACAUACACACCUCAAAGUCCGACAACCCGGUCAAGGUGGUGACGCCGACAACGAAGUCCGCGAUCUUCGCGCCGAGCUCCUGAAGGCUGAGGCUGCACACUUCGCCAAGAAGAACGGUGUUCCCGUCGACGAAACAGCUGCUACGGAGCCGGCUCCAAAGCGACAGCUUGAAUCUGCGGAAGGACAAGCGGAGGAUGGCGAACAGGCCGAAGACCCAGAAGCGAAGCGGCGACGCAUCUUAGAAGAAUCGCGAGAUAUAGAUGCCGAUUCAGAUGGGUCGGAAGAAGACAGCAGCGAGGAAGAGGAUAGCGAUGAUGACGAUGACGAGGCUGCGUUGAUGCGCGAGCUGGAGCAGAUCAAGAAAGAACGAUUGGCUCAGAAGGAGAAAGAGGAACAAGAACGAGCGCUUGAAGUAGAGGAGCAACGAGAGGUUGAUAUUGCUCGAGGAAACCCUCUUCUUAACUCGCAAGACUUCAAUAUGAAGCGACGAUGGGACGAUGAUGUCGUCUUCAAGAACCAAGCCCGAGGAACUGAGAAGCAGGAUGGGAAGGAGUUCGUAAACGAUUUGCUGCGAUCUGACUUCCACAAGAGAUUUAUGUCAAAAUACGUUCGUUAA